AUGAAAUAUGAACAUGGAGGAUUGUCAAUGUGGUCAGGUUUAGCAAGUUCAUCGUCGGAGGUUGUUCUUCGAACUGAACAAGAAUUUAUUCACCAAAUAAAUAAUACAGAUAUAUCUACAUUAUAUUCAUGGUCCAAUACUGUUCACGAAUAUUUUAUUCAACAAACUCAAUUAUAUUCACAAAAAUCAGCUCUUGAACUUAAUGAACAAUCACUUACUUAUAGUGAAUUAUUAUAUUCUUUGUAUUGUUUAACAAAUCAUUUAAUUGAUAAUAUUCAAUCAAAUGAAAUUAUAUGUCAAUGUGUUGAACGAUCUUUUGAAAUGAUUAUUGGUAUGUUAGCAAUCUUAUCAAGUGGUGCAGUUUAUUGUCCAUUAUCACCUAUGGAUCCACCACUACCACUUAAAACUCUUAUUCAAGAUACAUCUUCAAAGACUCUUCUUAUUCAUAGUUUUACUUGGCAAACAAUUCUAAUGACUUAUACAUCAUGUAAUCUUAUUAAAAUAGAUUCAUUUAUUAUUUUUAAUUAUAAUGAUACGAUUUGUAAUAUCAUCAAUAGUUUUUGUAAAGUUAUCUUUACUGGUUAA